GCAAAAGAUGUAGCGUUAGCAUCAGUUUGUAAAGCCAACAAAAGUUGUCCCAUCAAAAUAGCGACAAUGAAAAUGAAGCUAGUUUUGACGUCGAAUGCCAGUGUGUUUUUCGGGCGGCGGUGCGGUUAACGGUGUGAUGGUGUUCGCGCCUUAAAAAACGUCCUGUCAAUUAAUUGCUUUGCUGGGACGACUGCAACAGAUAUCGGCGGCAUGAGUGAUCGGGCAUUUGAAAACGAAUUCAGUGACUAUCACGCCGGCAAGUCAGAUGUGGUGCUUCCUGAUGGCAGGUGGACGCAAGAAUUUCAGAAGGACAUUCGGAGGAAUCUUUCUGAUCUUCUUCGAGAACUGGAGCGCAACCUCGCGAAACGCACCGAUUGGUCAGAUUCUUCAGUCUACACAGGCACUACAGGUGUGGCUCUGAUGUAUAUGCGCCUAUAUGAUGUUCUGCAAGACACAUCAUAUUUGAACCGGGCACUGCCACUGGUAGAAAGGCAGCUUUCGAACCUUAAGGAGCGUCGCUUCUCUUUCCUCUGUGGUGACCCGGGGCCUCUGGCCGUUGGAGCUGACCUCUACAAUCGCCUUGGAAGGUCCCAGGACUCUCACAACCUGAUCAGAAGGCUUCUGAGCCUAAACAAAUAUGUGGUGCCCUCCACCGCUGACAUACCUGAUGAGUUGCUGUAUGGACGAGUUGGCUACCUCUACGCACUGCUGUACAUCCGCAAGCACGUGUCACCGACUGCUGUUGAUGAUGGCCUUAUCAGAAAUGUGGUGCAAGCUGUCCUGUCAUCAGGACAACAGCUGUCAGCUGAAGAAAAGAGCCGCAGCCCACUCAUGUACCAGUGGCAUGGCUCCUUCUACCUUGGUGCUGCCCAUGGUCUCGCAGGCAUCUUCUACAUGCUGCUGCAGGUGCAGUCCGUGCUUACUGAAGCUGAGCUGACGAGGCUCGUGCAACCAAGCAUUGACUGGCUGUCUGCACUUCAGUACCCGUCUGGCAACUACCCCUCCUCGAUUGGAAGCAGCACCGACAAACUGGUUCACUGGUGCCAUGGGGCUCCUGGCACUAUCCACAUGCUACUGCUGGCACACUUGGCGUUCAAGGAGACCCGCUAUCUGGAACUGGCCAAGAAAUGUGCUGAUGUCAUCUGGCACCGUGGCAUUCUCAAGAAGGGCUAUGGCAUUUGCCAUGGCACAGCAGGCAAUGGGUAUGCCUUCCUGCGCAUGUACCAGGUCACUCGGGACUGCAAGUACCUGCACCGGGCAGCCAAGUUCUGUGAAUGGUGCUUCGACUAUGGGCAGCACCAGUGCCGCGUCGCAGACAGACCAUUCUCCCUCUUUGAAGGCAUGGCAGGCACCAUCUAUUUCAUGGCCGACAUGCUGGAGCCUGAGAAGUCGGCGUUCCCUGCUUUCCAGCUUGGCUGAAAUACCAGCUGUGUCAUGGUGUGCGUUCUGCUGCGACAGCUCAUCUAAGCUUAAUGGUCUUGUGUUCUCAUUACCGCUUAGUGUGGAGCAUAGGAGAAUAAAGAUUCCCGAGAUGCAUGAACACAUGACCAAAUGGUCGUGUCAUGCCGACUGCAUUGGUUCUCGUCAAAUCACUGAAA